GUAUGCAUUUCAGGAAAAAAGGUACCAUUCCAUUCUUUAUCAGCCACUCCUCUGCUGCACACGUCGCAAUUUCAACCCAGUAAAAUCUCACUUUCUCUCUCCAAAUCGUUUCCUUACAAGCUACUACUACUACAGUACUACUCGAAGAAUUAGGGUUUCUUCAAGUUUUACGCAAUAAUGGCGGAUUUAAUUUGGUUCUGCUAGUACUGGUUUUCGAGGAGAGAGAAAAGAGUGUUCAUCAAUGGCGGUGGAGUAUACGUGUUGUGAGACGCACUUCUGGAUUAACAUAGGAGUGAUAGUUUUUCUGGUGUUAUUUGCUGGUUUAAUGUCUGGACUUACUUUAGGGCUCAUGUCGAUGAGUCUCGUUGAUCUUGAAGUUCUUGCCAAGUCUGGUACUCCUAAGGAUCGUAAACAUGCUGAGAAGAUAUUGCCUGUUGUCCGGAAUCAGCAUCUACUACUCUGUACACUGCUCAUUUGCAAUGCUGCUUCUAUGGAGGCACUUCCUAUCUUUCUUGAUAGUUUGGUUACUGCUUGGGGUGCCAUCCUCAUUUCUGUGACUUUGAUACUCCUGUUUGGCGAGAUUUUACCUCAAUCAGUUUGUUCUCGACAUGGUUUAGCAAUUGGUGCAACAGUAUCACCGUUCGUUCGUGUUCUUGUUUGGAUUUGCUUUCCUGUUGCUUAUCCCAUAAGCAAGCUACUAGAUAGACUUCUAGGGCAUGGACAUGUGGCUCUUUUCCGAAGGGCUGAACUGAAGACCCUUGUCAAUUUUCAUGGAAAUGAGGCUGGUAAAGGUGGCGAAUUAACGCAUGAUGAAACUACUAUUAUUGCUGGAGCACUAGAACUAACAGAGAAAACAGCUGGUCACGCAAUGACUCCUAUAUCUGAGAUAUUUGCAGUUGACAUCAAUGCCACAUUGGAUAGGGCCACAAUGAACUUAAUUCUGGAUAAUGGCCAUAGCCGAAUUCCAGUAUACUAUGAGCAGCAAACUAAUAUUAUUGGUUUGGUUCUGGUGAAAAAUCUGCUAACUAUUCACCCAGAAGAUGAAUUGCCUUUAAAGAGUGUAACUAUUCGCAAAAUUCCAAGGGUACCUGAAACAAUGCCACUAUAUGACAUACUGAACGAGUUUCAGAAAGGUCAUAGCCACAUGGCAGUAGUCGUAAGGCAGGUGAACAAACCGGAGGUGCAGACUGCCAAUGGGAAGCCUGUGGGUGAUUCAGUGAAAGAGGUCAGAGUGGUCAUUGAGGAUGAUGAUUCUGAGAAACCGAAGACUCCAAAGGAGAAGAGUCUGCAACACAAGAGAAACUUCUACAAAUGGAAGAGCUUCCCGAACACUAACAAAUCAGACAAGGGAUCAAGGACCAAGAAAUGGAAUAGGGAUAUUUACUGCGACAUAUUAGAAGUUGAGCAACCUCUACCGAAGCCUGAUGAAGAAGAAGCAAUUGGGAUUAUCACUUUGGAAGAUGUCAUUGAAGAGCUAUUACAGGAGGAGAUCUAUGACGAGACCGACCAUCAUAUCGAUGAUUCAUGACACAGGCUAUUAUUAGUGAUGUAUUAUGAAUAUAUCUGAUAGAACUGUCGUCACCUUUUGUUAAGGGGUUAAGUUCUAGUAUUUUGUUGAUUCGAAGCUAGGUUAGGCAGCCUCAAGCUGGAAUGUAUGAUAUGCCAUCAUUAAGUAUAGGUAUUUUAUGUUGUGAAAGUGCUGUAAAUGCAAGUGUUAGAUGGUUCAAGGUUAUGCUGUCAAACUGUCGUUGCCUUUAAAACGUGUCUCAUGCUCAUAUGAUAUGGAGAAUUAUCAGUUUCCCUUCUAAAGGAUUA